UAUCGCUGUGAGACGGUUCACGUAGACACUCAGGUCAAAUAUAUAUUAACACGGUCCUAAAAUACACUUCUUUCUUUUCGGUUCUACGUGAUAUAACCGUAACAAGGUGCCACUUUUUAUUCGGUUCACAUCUGACAGGUCAGUUUAGUCAUUUUCAGACCUCGUCGUGGAUCAGGGCGCUUUAAUAAAGCAGGGAUUUAAUUCAAAGUAAAUGUUUAUAGAUUGUGUGUAAACACAAAACGUUGCUAAAUAACUUUCUGCUUUACAACCAGAACGACACGGAGGCGCCGGAGUGAAACGAACAGUCGCCGUGUUGAAGUUGGACCGAGGGAGUUAAUUAUUUAUCCACGAGGUCACGUCUGCGCAUGGAUCUAAGCAACGAUACUGCUGUUGGCACUUUGGUUAAAAGUGGACACGAAUUAACUUGGAAUUCCAAACAUUAUUGCUUGGCGGAUUUUUAAUAAAAGACGAUACCUCCUGGAGUGGAGUUUUAACCUCGCAGGAGAGGAACGGCGCUCCUAAAUGGAGCAGGUUCUCUCCAGCCCGCGAGGUCGCUCCGACUGGGAAUCCGACCAAAAUUCGCUCGGAUUUCUUCUUUUGAAAAACGGCGACGUCGCUGCCGAAAGCGGCCAUGAAAAUCCAGAGAGACAUCAGAGAGGAGAGCCUGGUAUUGUCUCUCUAAGCUUUGAUGAGAUAUUUCAGGACAGCUCUUUGAAUCUAGAUGAAUUAUUUCGGGCAUCUCGGUAUUCUGGAUUAGAGCAAGCGUAUUCAUGGGAGUGUACGUCGGAGUGCGUCGGUCCGUCGUGGGAUAAACAGCAGUCUUUGUCACAGAAACCGGCUGCAGAAGACUGCUGUGAAACGUCACACGAUGUGGUCACAGCAGACCUCAUCAAUUUUAAUUCCGCUGCACCCAGUCCCACACACACCUGCACAUCUCUGCAGGCUGUGGAAAGUUUACAACCUGUCGCGACGGUCGAAACGGAUCGCCCUUUAGACGGCCUCAUAGGCCAGCUUCCCCUGGGUCCUGUGCUGGACCAGGCACCAUCUCAAACCCUGCCUGCUCGGAGGACUGGUGUAGUAGACGAGAGUCCUGACUCGUAUUGGACAAACGAUUUGUCCUCUUUACAAACUACACCUGAAAACACGACUGAUGUCUUGUGUGGAAAUUUGACGGGUCUUGCUGAAGAAAGCGCAAGUCGGAAUGAAUCCUGUAAUUUUGAGAAUUCACUCGAGGCUUUGAUCCCUUUGCCUUUCAUCUACGAUUUGUCUUCCUCACCCCCCUGUUCGGUUUCCCACCCCGAUGAUUCAGGCGAACUCUUACCGUCGUCGUUUUUAGAUUCACUUGUUCAUCCAUGUGACGGCAGUCAUGCUAUCUUCCAGACGGCUGAUGCUACAACUGCAGGAUUGUCUUCUGAACAGGAGGAUGAUAUCCCUUCAAUUAGUAACAUGAUACCCGAUGAAGCAUCUAAGGUCUGGUCCAGGCCACAGUCACCUGCGGAUUCGUUAGCAUCGAGCACACCGUCUGUACUAGAAAGAACAUUAGCUGGAUUAGACUCAGAGGGCAAACCAGGGGCACCACACAAGUCAUUAGCACCUAAUGGAACACCUGAGAGCAGCUCUCUGGGUUUAAGUCAUAACUGUUUAUGCGAGGAUGAAAUGACUGUAGUAAUGGAUGAAGCAGUGGAAAGAGAUCUCGCACCUAAUGAACCUGUGGAACAGGAACUUGGACCUGAUUUUGAUCAAGCAUUUCUUUCGUCACAUGCAUUUAUACCUGAGCCGACGGCUCCAGUGGAGUCCACAUCGAUCUCUCAGGUCUCGCUUUCUCUUCAGACAGGCCGCUCGGCAGAGUUCAGUAACGAUGAGCUUUACAUUAAAACUGAAACUGCAAGUGACUUGAAAGAAAACUCGACCCUUUCUGUAAUAUUUGCCUCUGAGAAAGACAUAACCUUCAAUACCUUUCCUGCCUUGGAGAAAGAACCCCCUCCCAUUUCUCCUUCAAUUUGUCUUUCCCUUGAGGCGAACGCAAAGACGGACGCGAUCUCGCCAGGCUCUGAAUCUCAAACACUCACUUCAUCAGAACUCGAACGCAAACAUAAUCCUUCAGAGAGCACUAACAUGCCUGAGGACACAGGCAAAGAACCGACAAUCAACUUCCCCAAUGUGGACACAUUAGUCAAAGAAACGCAUACGCUUGUUGCCGUCGAUACACACCUCCUAUCGCACGUUCAGGGGUUUGCAUCUGUUAACACGUCAAUUAAUGGUACAACUCGACACUGCCAAGAUUCGAAUGGCUGUACAAACACGCAGGAUGACUCGGAGCGCCUCUGUUCAGGUACAUGUAACUAUACACCUGAAAAGGACGUUCACGUAACGUUUGACGGUCUUCAGGACUCACACACACCGACCGAGUCGUCUGACAGCAGUCUGAAUACACACCCACGUGACCAUGCAACAUUACCUGCCCCAGGAAGCCCAAAGGUUGAAGCUGUGUGUGUGCAGCAAGGGGAAAGAGAAGGUAGUUAUAGUGACCCGGGUGCCUUUUUUGGGAGUGGAUUAGAUCCCACCCUCCUCUCAGGUGCAGAUAGUCCACUCAGCCAACUGGGCAGGGCCAUGGAGCAGGAAAGGGGCGAGGCUACAUCAAGACUCUGUCAGUCAGCUGAUGUGAGGGUAGAUGGAGAAACUGAUCUACCUGACCAAGCAGACCCGUCUCAGGUAGCACAGCCAAAGGUAAACCCGCUCAGAGAUGAGUCUCCUAGCGGAGUUUGUCCGCUAGAAGAAACAUGUCCGCCUCUGAUGGGGGACGACGACGUCGUUGUAGUUCCUGACGGGCCCGACGAUGCGGAAAUGGCUCUGGAGAUAUGCGUGAGCUCAGUUUUGGUCCAGGAUGGGAGUGUUGGUGCCAGCGCGCUUCCAGCAGCCAAUCCACAGGACGACGAACGCUCGGCCCUGCAGGCCGUUUUUCAAGCUCUCGAUCAGGAUGGAGACGGAUUUGUCCGUAUCGAGGAGUUUAUGGAGUUUGCCACAGCGUACGGAGUGGAACAGGUGAAGGACCUGACCCGCUUCCUCGACCCGAGCGGCCUGGGAGUCAUCAGCUUUGAGGAUUUCCACAGAGGCAUCACAGCCAUCGGCAACGGAGGAUCUGACCCAGAUCUCUACAAGUUACAGCUCACUUCAGGGGAUGCCAAUGGAGCAGCCGAGGAAUAUGAUGAGCAGGCGGAGGUGUCAGACAGCGCGUACCUGGGCUCGGAGAGCGCAUACAGCGAGUGUGAGACAUUUACAGACGAGGACACGGGAGCGCUUGUACACCCUGAACUGCACGAGGACGUCGAGACAGACAGCGGCAUCGAAACCACGCUCGCCGAGAACGAGGACCGCAACAGGUUCUCUCUUGGCUCAGAUUUGCAUGGCCACGCCCUGGUAGCAGUGAUCGGCGGGGAGGAGGAGCACUUUGAGGACUUUGGAGAGAGCAACUCCGCCUCUGAUCUUUUGCUGGCCAAUGAGGAGGAAGGAAGGGCAGCUCCUGAAGGGGAGGGAGCUCCAGAGCCACACACACACACUGGUAGCCCGGUGCACCGCUCAUCCAUGCUGCUGUCGCCCAGCUCUGAGCCUUUUCCUUCCAGCUUCCAAAAUUUCCUGCAGUCAGAAUCUCUGGAGUUUUUCUGCACUCACUGUCACAAACAGUUCAGCCGCCUUGAGGAUCUCUCCACGCGCCUGCACUUUCUAGAAAUGAAUAGCUCCAGUAAAAGACUGUCCAGUAAAAAGGCAGCAAGGCACUUGUUACAGACCAGUGGUCUGGAUGGAAUGAACGACCUGAGUCGCGACAUUCUGGACCUCGCCGAUAGUGACAUCACUGACAAGGUGCUGCUUCUGGAACGGCGCGUGUCCGAGCUGGAGAAGGACUCGGCAGCCAGCGAGGAGCAGCACACACGUCUGCGGCAGGAGAACCUGACCCUGGUGCACCGUGCUAACGCACUGGAGGAGCAGCUCAAGGAACAGGAGCUCCAUGCUGACGAGACCUUCAACACACUCGCCCGCAAACACAGAGACGCUCUGAGCAAACUGCAGCGUGAGAGAGAGCUGGAGAUCGAGAACCUGCAGGCAAGGCUGCAGCAGUUGGAUGAAGAGAACAGUGAGUUAAGGUCAUGCGUCCCCUGUUUGAGAGCGAACAUCGAAAGACUGGAAGAGGAGAAGAGAAAGCUCCAGGACGAAGUGGACGAUGUGACCGACCGGCUGAACGAAGAAAUGGAGUCCCGCAGAAAAAUGGCCGACAAACUGAGCCACGAACGCCACACCAGCCAGAAAGAAAAAGAGACCACACAGGAGCUGAUCGAGGACUUGAGGAAGCAGUUGGAAAUGCUGCAGCUGUUUAAGCUGGAGAUGGAGGCACGACGAGGACGCUCGCCUGCCGCCGGACUGCAGGAAUACAACACACACAUGAGAGAGAACGAGCUGGAGCAGGAAAUCCGACGACUCAAGCAGGAUAAUCGCAGUUUGAAGGAGCAGAAUGAUGAGUUGAAUGGACAGAUCAUCAACCUUAGCAUUCAGGGAGCCAAAAGCCUCUUCACCGAGUCUCUGUCUGAGUCGCUGGCAGCAGAGAUCAACAACGUCUCUCGCGCAGAGCUAAUGGAGGCCAUCCAGAAGCAGGAGGAGAUUAACUUCCGCCUGCAGGACUACAUCGACCGCAUCAUCGUGGCCAUCAUGGAGUCCAACCCUUCUAUACUCGAGGUCAAAUAAUCACCACGGCAACAGACCCCCGAGUUCACAGCGACACUGAAGCUGAGCGACGUACACGUUCAAGAGAAUAUAGAUGAUCUUAUUUAUAUCACAGCUUCGCUCCUGUUCUUAAGUCAUAAGGCAUCAUUUCAGAAAAGCUUGUGUGUGUGUGUGUGUGUGUGUGUGUGUGUGUGUGUUCGUGUACAGUGUAUGUUGGUUCCUGUGACUUCCCUGUGCUGUGGGAUUGAGGGGCCCAAUCCCUGUGUGUGUGUUAGGGAUGUUUUGAUUAAUUAAAAAUCUGUAUUUAAAGUUACAUUUAUAAAUCAGCUGGUGUUCAGAACAGCGUCUGUGAUGUAAUAGGCUCCGUGAUGUGAGGUGAAAUGUACCGGUUAAUAUCACUGUUGCUAUAGUUACUAUUACAUGCGGCGGUCUCCGGCUGCGACGUUUCCUGAACCUCUGUCUUAAAUGACGCCGAAUUGGAGCUCAGUUCGACACAACGACAAGCUGUCGGAUCCCAAACGUCUUACGUGCUCAGUCCAUAGUGUAGGUCAGCAUAGUCGACCCUAAAGCAACAAAACAGAAGAAUAUCCACUCCAGUAAAUACAGUACACACACUGCCACCUUUACUAGACAAAAAUUAUAUUUUAUAUGUAUUCUGAUGAUCUGGCAACCCUAAUACACACAUAUGGCUGUUAUGGUUUGUUUGUUUGUCUGUUUUACUCCUAGUUUAACUCCAUGAGCCCUAACAGAUGUGAGGGACACUGUGUGUCCUGAGAGGGUGUGUGUGUGUGUGUGUGUGUUAUAACUUAUGAGUGUGAUGAUCUUUGAUAUCAUUAUGGUGAUAACGAGUUGUGUGUAAAUUUUCGUUUAGUUUGUUUUCCUCCCGUGUAUUUAUUACGAUGAAGCAGAAGGCUGAAGCUGAAAUCACGGCGGUGGAGCUUUGUGAUGAUAAAGGGGCGUGGCUCUGAGCCCACGUGCGCUUUCCUGCUGAGUGAACGAAGGAGACCGCACAUCGAACGAAGGACGUUCCGUACGUUAAAACAGUGUUUCGUGUCGAUCCGAACGACUACAUGUAAAUAUCUAUAUAUAAAAAUCAAAGAAUUAAAUAUAUAUAUUUCCUCACACGGAAGCUGAAGUUGCACUCGAAAAACUUCGACGGAUCUCUCGGCUGGAAUGAUGAGAGCUUAUUUUCUGAUUAAAUUAUUAUGAACUGAUGAACCAGAGAGAGAGAGAGAGACUGCAGGUGGGCGUGAAAGCCUCGAAAGAACCUACUGAGUCUCGAGCGCUCACACACACACACACACACACACACACACACACACACAUCUCUCCAUCUUCAGAACCUGAAUGCUCCUCUGCAGACUGACUCCUCAUCACGUUUCACUCAUUGUAGGUGUUUUCUAGACGGAAGGAAGGCGUGUGUUCUUGUCUUCCAUUGUCACAUGACUCGUGUGUGUGAGUGUGUAUGAAGAUCUCAGCAGCCUGACUUAGGAGCUCACGUACAGUAUUACACUCGAACGUAAAACACCAUAUUUUCCGGAUUAUAAGACGCCCUCUAGCAGGUGGCGCAGUUACUACAGAGCUUGAAAAUGAAUUCAAACGAAGGGAACAGAAAUGCUAUUUUUUUUUUCCUUCUCUUUGUCGCAGAAGUGUUCAAGAUCCAUAAAUGUGUAUUUUUAAGGCCGUGUCCUGUCCUCUGCCUGUCCUCAGCUUGUCCUCAGCCUGUCAGCCGGCUUGGUGCCACCUCACAGAUGUUUAAUUGGAUUCAUUGCUGGAUUGUUUGUAGAUGUCCAUAAUCCCCUCCUCCUUGAUAAAAGCCCCGGUUUUAAAGUACGACGCUAACACGAUCGUGUUUCACUUUUUUUUUCCCAAACAUAUUCGGAACUGUUCACAUCAGACCGCAUCUUGUUGACCUUGGACGUUUGACUUACUCCAUAGAUUAGACAUGUGAAGAAUAUGAGAGAUCGUCGUCACCUGCACAGAUUCGACACUACAGUUAUUCCUGCAGCUUUUUUUUUUUUUUUUAUCUUUUUAUUUUAUUUUGAAUUUUUUUCAUUAAUUAAUUUUUUUCUUCAGCUAAGCUUAUUUCAAACUUUCUGUCAUUCAUUCAUCCAUCCAUCAGUUGCUCUGUGAUAUCCUGCUAUAUCUGAAUCGACACCUUCUGUUUGUGCGAUCUACAUUAGAGACGCUCUUGAACUCUUGACUUUCUUUCGCUUGUAAGAAUCCUUGAUGUGCUAACGAGUGUGUGUGAGGGACGUUUUUUCUUUCUCUCUCUCUCUCUCUCUCUCUCUCUCACUCUCUCUCUAUCUCUCGUCUUAACAUGUAUAUAGAUACCGAAUGAUUUGUGUAUAUAUGCGUUCUACUUUUUUUUGUGAAUCUGCACUCGCACACUCCAAAAACUUCCAAAGCAGGAGCAGGAGCUCCACCAGUCACUUAGAACGUCGUGGAAACUAAUUUUAGCUACGCGUAGACAUCACACCUUCUUGUUGUAAAAAAAAAAACAAUAUAUAUAAAAACGAUGUGUAUAGAAGGUUAAACUAAGAUAUCAGUAUUGUCUUCUGCUGCAAGUUUUUUUUUUGUUUCGUUUUUUAUUUCUUUUCCUUUCAAAGACGGCCCACAAAGAUGUAUCUCUUACUGUCUGAGGGUCCUGUAGAUUUUUUUCGAGUAAUUGUAUAAAGGUGAACAAUAAAAAUAGGAAAUGAGCCUAGAUGGGAAUCAAUAAAGUGAUAAUAUCUCUUA